AUGUCAUUAUCAAAAAUAUAUUUGGACAAACCAAUAUAUUUAGACUAUAAUGCUACAACUCCUUUGUCAGAUGGUGUCAAAACUUCAAUUAUAGAAUCUCUAGAAAUAUGGGGAAAUGCAAGUAGUAGUCAUUUUUAUGGUAUAACACCAAAAGAAGUUAUUAAAAAAAGCCGUAACAAUGUUGCUAAUAUGAUUGGUACAACAAUAGAUAAAGUUUAUUUUACAUCUAGUGGAACAGAAGCAAAUAUGUGGAUUAUAUGGAAUAGUAUAUGUAAUGAAAAGAUAAAUAUUGUUGCAAGUAUCAUUGAACAUCCUAGUAUUAAAUUACCUUUAGAAUACUUUGAAAAUAAAAAUUUUAUUGAAGUAAGAUGGGUAAAAAUGAAGGAAGGCAUAAUUGACAUUGUGGAUUUAGAAAAUAAAAUUGAUGAAAAAACAGCAUUAGUUACGAUUAUGUUAGCAAAUAAUGAAACUGGUGUUAUUCAACCAAUUAAUGAAGUUGUUAAAAUUGUAAGAAAGAAAGAAAAAAUAUAUGGAAAUCAAAUAGUAAUUCAUACCGAUGCUGCACAAAUAAUUGGAAAAUGCAAGAUUAAUAUAAAAGAACUCGGUGUUGAUUGUAUGACUAUUGUUGGUCAUAAAUUUUAUGGACCUAAAAUAGGAGCACUAGUUAUUUGUCCAUUAUCAAAGAUGAUACUUAAACCAAUGUUUUUAGGUGGUGGUCAGGAAAUGGGACUACGAUCAGGAACAGAAAAUAUUCCAAUGAUUGUUGGUUUUGGUAAAGGAUGUUUAGAAGUAAUUGAAACAAUCGAUUAUACUCAUGAGCAUCUAUUAAAAUUGCAGAAAUAUUUUGAAAAUAAAAUGUGUAACAUUUUUAAAAAUAAUAUAAGUAUAAAUUUUUCUUCAUACGACAGAAUUCCUAAUACAUCGAAUGUAUGUUUUGAAACUUUAAAAGUACCAUCAACAGAAUUAUUAAAAUUAUGUACUAAAUUUGUAGCUAGCGUAGGUGCAGCAUGUCAUUCAGAUAACACUGAUUCAUGUAUAAUGAUGGCUUGUGGUAAAAGUGAAUGGCAAGCUAAACGUUGUAUUCGUUUCAGUUUUGGUAAACAAACAACUUUUAACGAAUUAGAUAUAGCUAUUCAAGAUAUUCAAGAGAACAUACCUGAUCUGGUUUAA